AUGGUCAUGAACUCGCCACUGUACCCGUGUGAAGAUGCAACAAAGUUCCGACAAGGUCUCCCAUCUUUUCUUAACUCCAAAUCCCCCACUGCCAUGACCGACGCUAAGCAAUCCAAGCGUCGUAAAACCGCUGCUGCCUACUAUCGCAGGAACCAAGAUGAACUACGUGAAAAAGCUCGCCAACGGAUGAGCAGGCUUCGGGCCAACGACGCCAUAAAGAGCGAAGAGGCAAGAGACAAGGCGGCAGCGUCUAAACGAGCGUCUCAAGCCAAGUACCGUGAAGGCCACCGUGAUAUCCUUCGUGCUAAAGCAGUGCGCAGGCGCGUGAGCAAAAAAAUACUUGCAGCCUUCAUCAGCGCAUUCCCCCCUGUUGCUGCUGUUGCUGAGGCCCAUGAAAGUGCCGACGAAGGCGUCAGCGACAACGAAUACAGCGACGUCAGCGAUAGCGGGUACUUGGGCGACGGGAAUCCAUCGGGGAGCGAAGGUGAAAGCGAGGCCGCGGAUCAAACCACCUUUGGAGUCCGUGGACACGUUGCAAAGGCAACGCCAAUGCUCCCGAAUACAUUUGGUGUCGCAGAGCAAAUGGAGGUUCCCAGAUGGCUCAAAAAGAGGAAUCUCCCCCGUUGCCCGUUGUCUGACAUUUCUAACGAGGAAUGGUAG